GUGACGUCAGAGAAGCUACGGAAGUAGAUUAGCUGACAUUCCCACGUGGGGAAAAUGGCUGCGAAUGGGGAAAAACAACAGGGCCACAGACCCGGCAUAUACAAGCAAAAAAAUAAAGGUCACAAACAUGGCAAACAUCGGACAAAAGGAGAAGUUGAAAGAGAAAACAAAGGGAGGGUGUCAGUGACAGCCCUUACCAAAAGACAGAGAAAGGAGCUAAAGAAGAUGGACAGAAGACAUAAAGCAAACCAGCUACGCAGAAAUAAGAAAGACAUGAUCCUGACAGAAAAGCGGCGUCUAGGCAGCAGAGAUGGCCCUCCUCAUUUGGUUGCUGUGUUGUCCCUGCAUGCUGGAGCUGAUGCUGGUGCUGUUACCAAACUGCUACGUGGAGAGGGUGCUGGAGGCAUUGUACAUCAAGAGCAAUGUGUCAGUGGUGUCGGUGACAGUUUUGGACUGAUUUUGCCUCGUUUUAAACAAAGGUUCACCUUUCUAAAUCAGAGCACAGCUGACAUGCACUCCCUGCUGGAUGUGGCAAAGAUUGCAGAUAGCCUUGUGUUUGUGCUGGACUCCACUGAAGGUUGGGACAGCUAUGGAGACCAUUGUCUGUCUUGCCUCUUCGCCCAGGGCCUCCCCAGCCAUGCCCUGGUGUGUCAGGGUGUGUCCGACAUUCCUGUGAAGAAGAGGGUUGAAUCCAGAAGAACUUUAUCAAAGAUCACAGAGGUCCGCUUCCCUGAUGCUCGUCUCUUCCCUCUGGAUUCAGAACAAGAUGUCACUCUUCUUCUCAGACACCUGGGCUCUCAGAGACAGAGAAAGCUGGGUUUCCGUUCCAGACGUUCCCAUCUUUUAGCUCAGCAUGUCAGUUUUACACCAAACAGGCCUGCUGAGGGGUCUGGUAGUGGGCCUACUGGCCUAGGAACCCUCUGUGUCUCUGGGUAUGUCCGUGGCCAUCCUCUGCGGGUUGACAGACUGGUGCACAUCAGUGGGCAUGGAGACUUUCAGCUUAGUCAGAUUGAUGCCCCAUCAGAUCCUCUUCCCCUCAACCUAACUACUGCAAGACAAACAAAACCUGGCAAAGGAGACAUUGAAAUGCAGGAUGGAGAUGGACAUGCGUCUCCAGUGCGGGUGCUCAUGAAAGCUGACCCAUCCAGCAGAGAGAGUCUGCAGACAGAGGCGGAGGUGGACCCCAUGGAUGGAGAGCAGACAUGGCCGACAGAAGAAGAACUGCUGGAAGCUGAAGAAACCAGGAAAAACAAACGUAUGAUGAAGGUCCCUAAGGGAACGUCAGACUACCAGGCAACAUGGAUCAUUGAUGAAAAUGAGGAGGAGAAUGGUGAUGUAGAUGAAGAAAGAAGUGAUGAUGACGAUGCUGAUGACGACAUAAUGGAUGAAACUAUGGAUCGAGAGGAUGAAGAGCAUAACUCUCAGGAGCCUGGUUCCUGCUGUGCAUCAGAAGAGGAAGAAGAAGAAGAGGAGGAAGAAGAAGUGUGCUCUAUUGAGAGAGCUGGAGCUGAUCAGCGGUAUGAUGAACACAUGGAUGAAGCAGCUGAAGAAGAAGGCCUUAAACGCUACAGAGAGGCCCGAUCCCAUGACUUGUUUCCUGAUGAGGUGGACACGCCCCUUGACACUCCUGCUAGAAUCAGGUUUCAGCGCUAUAGGGGUCUCAAAAGUUUUCGUUCCUCACCCUGGGACCCCAUGGAGAAUUUGCCUCUUGACUAUGCACGCAUCUUCCAGUUCCAGUGCUUUGAGCGCACUCGGCGCCGCAUCCUGGCAGAGGAUGCAGCUGAGGAGGAGGGAGCCAUGGAUGGCUGGUAUGUCACGCUGCACAUCAUUGAUGUGCCUUUUUCUGUAAUGGAGAGUGUUCAGUCUGGCAAACCUCUGGUGUUAGUGUCUCUCUUACCUCACGAGCAGAAGAUGUCAGUGAUGCAUGUCUUGGUACGGAGACACCCCAGCAACACUGAGCCCAUCAAAUCUAAAGAGGAGCUCGUGUUUCACUGUGGAUUUCGGAGAUUCCGUGCCUCUCCCAUUUUUUCCCAGCACACGUCAGCUGACAAGCACAAGAUGGAGCGCUUCCUCAAACCAGAUACCCCCACUGUGGUGUCUGUGUACGCUCCCAUCACCUUCCCUCCAGCAGGAGUGCUCCUUUACAAGCAAAGGAGUGAUGGCGUCCAGGACUUGGUGGCUACAGGCAGUCUGCUCAGUUGUGACCCUCAGCGUGUUGUGCUGAAGAGGAUCGUACUGAGUGGACACCCGUUCAAAAUUAAUAGACGCUCGGCAGUUGUUCGUUACAUGUUCUUUAACAGGGAUGACAUCACAUGGUUCAAACCAGUAGAGCUGCGGACGAAAUGGGGUCGGAGAGGCCACAUCAAGGAGGCUUUAGGAACACAUGGUCACAUGAAGUGUGUAUUUGAUAAUCAGCUGCGCUCUCAGGACACUGUCCUGAUGAAUCUGUACAAAAGGGUGUAUCCUCGCUGGACAUAUGACCCAUACGUGCCUUCACCUUUACCUUGGUUCAAGAAAGAGGUCACUGUGGACAUGGAUGACUUGGACAUGGAAUAGUAGAAGAGCUGUGCAAGAGAAACAGGAUAUGCACUGAUUGCAUGACACUUUUCCAAAGUAAUAUGUAUUUAAUAAAACAAGUUCAAUGCAAAUGUUCGGAUUGUUUUUCCACCAUAUCCCGUUUGAUUUCAAAGGCUUUAACUUGCAGCUGAGUUUGUUUUGGCCACAAGAUGGCAGUCAUGGUUAAG